AACAAAAAGAAAAAUUUCAUACACCUUCAUGUGAUCUCACCCGCUUUCAUAUAUAGAUAUACACACGCACACGGAAUCCAAAAAUUCUCGAAGAUACCCAUCAAUCAUCAGUGGCUUCACAUAACGCCUUCUGCUCGCGAGUAUGUCUGCAGAAAAUCAUCAAACUCGUCCACUGGCGCCUCCGAAGAUCUACGGCCGGAGCGACGAGGAGCUCGUGCCAGUAUUCAAGCCGAGGCCGCCCUCCUCCUCCCGCGGCAGAUGCAGCAGCAAGUGCCCCGUGUACUUCCUCGCCGUGGUCGUCGUCCUCGCCGCGAUCGCCCUGGUCUUUUCCAUGAUCGUGCUUCGCCCCGCCAACCCCGAGUUCGCCCUGCGCGACGUGUCGGUCAAGUUCCUCAACUACACAAGCGAUGACCAAGCACCGUGGCUGAGUGCGAGGCUCGCCGUGCGGGCGACCCUCAAGAACCCCAACUUCGGCCCAUUCGAGUUCAAGAGCAGCAACUUGACCGUGAGCUACUACGGGACUGUCGUCGGGGAGAAGGCACUGGGUGACGGGACGGUCUGGUCGAGGGAGACGAGGCACGUGGACGUCACGGUCGCGGUCGGGCCAAGCAGGGUAGCCUACCUGAAGAACUUGAGCAGCGACAUGGGCGGCAAGGUGCUGGAGCUGACGAGCUACGCGAAGCUGAGUGGUAGGGUUCACCUGAUCAAGAUCGUGAAGAGGAGGCUGACAUCGGUGUUGAAUUGCACCAUGAGCGUCGGUUUGUCAAACCGCAGAGUCCAGGAUUUGAAAUGCAGAUAGAGAACUUGAUGGUUCUUCAAAAAAACAUUUGGCUUGCCGUUUAUUUUUUAUGAAAAUACGUCUAAAUAGUUCGUGAAUGCCCAUGAAAAGAGCAAGAAAUAUCUGCAAAAAUUUUGCUUUUUUGGCUCGUGUAAUCUUCGUAUAGUUAAAAAAAAAAAAGAAUAAUUGGGCACAUUCUAUGUGUAUGUGCGCUCAUAAAUACAACUAUAAUAAGUAAUUUAAACAAAUAUUUUGUU